AUGCUGUCCAUCCCUUACCCCACCAUCAUGCUGUCCAUCCCUUACCCCACCAUCAUGCUGUCCAUCCCUUACCCCAUCAUCAUGCUGUCCAUCCCUUACCCCAUCAUCAUGCUUUCCAUCCCUUACCCCAUCACCAUGCUGUCCAUUCCUUACCCCAUCACCAUGCUGUCCAUUCCUUACCCCAUCACCAUGCUGUCCAUCCCUUACCCCAUCACCAUGCUAUCCAUCCCUUACCCCACCACCAUGCUGUCCAUCCCUUACCCCACCACCAUGCUAUCCAUCCCUUACCCCACCACCAUGCUAUCCAUCCCUUACCCCACCACCAUGCUGUCCAUCCCUUACCCCACCACCAUAAUAUCAAUCCCUUACCCCAUCACCAUAAUAUCCAUCCCUUAUCCCAUCACCAUGCUAUCCAUCCCUUAUCCCAUCACCAUGCUAUCCAUCCCUUACCCCAUCACCAUAAUAUCCAUCCCUUACUCCAUCACCAUGCUAUCCAUCCCUUACCCCAUCAUCAUGCUAUCCAUCCCUUACCCCAUCAUCAUGCUAUCCAUCCCUUACCCCACCACCAUGCUAUCCAUCCUUACCCCACCACCAUGCUAUCCAUCCCUUACCCCACCACCAUGCUAUCCAUCCCUUACCCCACCACCAUAA